AGAAACGUUUAUCUCGCGGAUUAAAACGGUCCCACGAGCGUAACUUCUCUCAAUAUAACUAUUAGCAAACUCUCAGCGCCGAUCUCAAGAAUGGUAAGUACUAAGUAGGAAUACGGAACGUUAAAAAAAAUAUCUAACAUACAAGCUACGAGAGGAUGGGACCUUGAUGCCCAGUCCCGGUGAAUUGAUCUUUUGCCGGUCUGGUCCAGUAUAAAUACUAGAGAUAAUGACACGGAUGGGAUCAGUAUCAAUAGUGGUUACAUACUAUUAACAAUGGGAUUGUUUAAUAUGUUCCUUCUUGUCACAUUUUUAAUUACCUACUCCAAAGCUGAAGUGUCCCCUUUCAAUUACGCUUUUGGACAACACGAUCCUCUAGGAUUUGGAAAACUUACUUUUCCCGCACCUUCAAGAACGUACGCUCCGAUUUCAUCGGCAAUUGGGCAAGUAGGUCCGAGCCCAGUUUCUCCAAUUUCUUAUUCAUUACCAAAUUACCCAAGAAAAGUUUUAACACGACCAGCUGAAGAAGUUGAUUAUUAUGCCCAUCCAAAAUAUGCUUAUAAUUAUGGUGUAUCUGAUGGGGUAACCGGAGAUACAAAAGUUCAGCAAGAAAUUCGUGAUGGUGACGCAGUUCGUGGAAUGUACUCUUUAGUGGAACCAGAUGGUUCAUUGCGAGUUGUUGAAUACGCAGCGGAUGAUGCAAACGGAUUUAAUGCGGUUGUAAAAAAAGUUGGUCCUAACGUUCAUGCUCCUCCGGGUACAGCACCCACUUCGAGUAAUGUUUUGGGUCAUGCCCCCGUUUCUUAUGCCGCUCCAGCUUAUCCUUAUGGACCGGGAUUGAGUCCUUAUGGAAGUGGAAUUCCUCGCCUGGUUACUCGACCUAGCGCCCAUCAUUAUUAAUAAGAAGAAAAAUUUUGAGAAAGGUGAAGGGGGAAGAAAAAUGUUUAUGAGGAAAUGAUGAUGAUAAAUGAUUUUUAAG